AAAAAUAAAAAAUGGCUAUAAGAAACAGAUUGUUUUCAGCUUUCAAUACAGUACAUAGGUAACUCAUAUGGAAAUUCAUAGAAUUUUUAAUGUUGAGGCUAAAUUCUUACCAUACACAUGCACAACCAGAAAUGAAGCUUUAGUACAGAAUCACACCAAACAUUAAUCCUACUUACAGUAAUAGUAUUAUGAAGGAUUAGCUACGCGAAAAAGGAUUAGAAUCUCUAAAAUAUAACUAGAUCUACAUUAGAUGAAUUCUAAAAAAUGGAAUUUAAUGUGAUUUCUAAAUUUUAGAGAAAUGGGCUAAGUAUAAUUGCAUCAAAUCUCAAUAGAUAAUACACAAGUGGAUCCACAUUAAAUCGUCUACUAGUUAGACAGAAUUGAAGUGUUAAGAAAAUUAAAGUAUGUAUAGUGUUAACUCUUAGAGUACUAGAAUAAAAUGCUGGAGCAUUUCCAAAAGAUGAAGCUGAGUGUUUAAAACUAAUUGCCAAAGUCCACUUAGAGGAAUAAAAGUAAGCAAAUUUUAACUUUUUAGUGCAUAAGAAAACUUGGAUAAAUUUAUUGAGGCUAAUCCUUAAUGCAGAAGAUUAUUAUAUCUUGGAUAAAUUUGAGCAUGAUCAAUUAUUAAAAAUAAACAAAAAAAAUACAUAAAAAA